AUAUUUAUCCAAAUAUUAUUGCUAUGGGAUUUCCUGCAGAAAGACUUGAAGGUGUAUACAGGAACAAUAUUGAUGAUGUAGUAAGGUUUUUGGAUUCAAAACAUAAAAACCAUUACAAGAUAUACAAUCUGGAGUAACUAUCCCCAGUCAGAGGCGCUAUGUAUACUAUUACAGCUACCUGCUAAAGAACCACCUGGAUUACAGACCAGUGGCGCUGCUGUUUCACAAGAUGAUGUUUGAAACUAUUCCGAUGUUCAGUGGCGGGACUUGCAAUCCUCAGUUUGUGGUCUGCCAGCUAAAGGUGAAGAUCUACUCCUCCAAUUCAGGACCCACACGGCGGGAGGACAAGUUCAUGUACUUUGAGUUCCCUCAGCCGUUGCCUGUGUGCGGUGACAUCAAAGUAGAGUUCUUCCAUAAACAGAACAAGAUGCUCAAAAAGGACAAAAUGUUUCACUUUUGGGUAAAUACGUUCUUCAUACCAGGACCAGAGGAAACAUCAGAAAAAGUGGAGAAUGGAAGUCUUUGUGAUCAGGAAAUUGACAGUAUUUGCAGUAUAGAGCGUGCUGAGAACGACAAAGAGUACCUCGUACUCACCUUAACAAAAAAUGAUCUUGACAAAGCAAACAAAGACAAGGCCAACCGAUACUUUUCUCCAAAUUUUAAGGUGAAAUUAUACUUUACAAAAACAGUAGAGGAGCCAUCAAAUCCAGAGGCUAGCAGUUCAACUUCUGUGACACCAGAUGUUAGUGACAAUGAACCUGAUCACUAUAGAUACUCUGACACCACUGACUCUGAUCCAGAGAAUGAACCUUUUGAUGAAGAUCAGCAUUCACAAAUUACAAAAGUCUGAUUUUUUUUUAUCAAGAGGGAUAAAUACCAUGAAAAAAAACUUGAAUAAACUGAAAUGGACCUUUUUUUUUUUUUUAAUGGCAAUAGGACAUUGUGUCAGAUUGCAGUUAUAGGAACAAUUCUCUCUUCCUGACCAAUCUUGUUUUACCCUAUACAUCCACAGGGUUUGACACUUGUUGUCCAGUUGAAAAAGCUUGUGUAGCUGUGUCAUGUAUAUACCUUUUUGUGUCAAAAGGACAUUUAAAAUUCAAUUAGGAUAAAUAAAAAUGGCACUUUCCCAUUUUAUUCCAGUUUUAUAAAAAGUGGAGACAGACUGAUGUGUAUACGUAGGAGUUUUUCCUUUUAUUUUCUGUCACCAGCUGAAGUGGCUGAAGAGCUCUGAUUCCCAGGUUCACGUCCUACCCCCUUGCACUUGUGGCAACAGAUAAGUCUGCAGUUGGCUAGGAGAAGUUUCUACAGGAUUUUGCUACAUUCUAAUGCAUGUUCUUGGGUUGAGGGAAUGGAGGAAAUGCUCAGAAAGGCAUAUUUUUAGCUGGGCUCUGGACCAUAUACCAUCUCCAGCUACUUACAAACACCUUUCUUUAGCAUGCUACAGUUACUAAUCUGGACAUCCAAGAAAUUGGCCGCUGUCACUGCUUGUUGUUUGUGCAUUUUUAAGAGCAUUAUUGGUGCUAGAAAAGGCAGCUAGAGCGAUUAAAUUUGUAUUGGGGUACAGGAAUGAACCUUCUACAGCAUCUUAAGAAUCUACAAAUGAAGGGAUAUGAAAAUAACGUGGUCAUAGAUAAGAGACACAGCAACAAUGACUUAACCAUACAAAUGUGGAGGCUAUCAACAAAGAAUGGGCUGGAAACAGAAAAAUUGACAAUGAUUUAUUCAGUAUGCUUUCUCAGUUGUAAUGACUCUCCAUCUCUGUAAUCAAGGCCAAUGCUAAAAGUCAGAUGCUGUUAGUACCUACAUCAGUCAACAACUCACAUCUUUUUAUUAGUUUUCAAUCAUACACCUACUGUGGAUGCUUCAUGUGCUGGCUGCCAGUUUCUUUUCCUCGUUCAAUAUAAAAUAUUUUGUAAUUCUUCACAGGAAAUUUCAAUUUGAGAUUCAACAGUAAGCAGUUUUUUCUAUAAAGAGGAUGAUGCACUUACUCAGUCCAGUAGUCGUCAGAUGCCCCACCCUUUUGACCUUACACAUUCUAUUACAAUGAGUUUUGCAGUUUUGCACAUUUUUUAAAUGUCAUUAACUGUUAGGGAAUUUUACUUGAAUACUGAAUACAUAUAAUGUGUAUAUUAAAAAGUCAUUGUUUGUGUUAAAAAGGAAAUUAGAGUUGCAGUAAAUUUUCAGCACUGCACGAAUAAUAAGGCAUUUAAGUUUUUCAGUAGAAAUUGUCCUGCAGAUGCUUUAUCGACUUGCUAUUGAAAGAGUAGAUCUUUUUUUAAUGUGCAGUGUUGAGUCACUUCUUUAUAGUGUAGAGUUGGGAUUAAGGCUUCAAUUUUACUUCUUUAAAUAUCAUUAUAUGUUGGAUAUGCCCAGACUGCAUACAAUUUAAAGCAAGAGUACAACUACUAUUGUAAUGGUAAUGUGAAGAUACUAUUAAAAAGGAUUUUUUUUCUGGGAAUUUGGUGUCUUUCAAAUUAGACCUUGACCUUGACAUUUGAAUAUCCAGCCAUUAUAUUUCUUAAUGGUGUGAAGUCCCAUUUUCAAUAACAUAUUGGUGCUGAAAUUGUUCACUAGCUGUGGUCUGACCUAGUUAAUUUACAAGUACAGAUUGUGUAGGACCCACCAGAGAAGCAUUUAUAGUUUGAUGGUAAGUAGAUUAGGCAGAACGUCAUCUAAAAUAUUCUUAGAAAAUAAUGUUGAUGUAUUUUCCAUACCUCAUCAGUUUCAUUCAACCAAUAAAAUUUUUAAAAUUGUAACAAAGCUCUUAGGAUUUACACAUUUAUAUUUAAACAUUGAUACAUGAAUAUCGAUUGACUGUUGAUAAAGUGAUAAAGUCAGAGACAACUUUUCCUAAACUCUCACCAUUGAAAUUUGUAUGCCACCUUGUGUUUCCUAAAAGCUGAAGUGGUGACUAAAAUGAAAAGCAGCUAUUAGUGUUUUGGAGAUAGUGAUAAACACUGUUCUUUGUUAGUUUUGGGCACAGCAUGCUAAACUAUAACUUGUAUUGUUCCAAUAUGUAACACAGAGGGCCAGGUCAUGAAUAAUGACAUUACAAUGGGCUGUUGCACUGUUAAUAUUUUUCCUUUGGAAUGUGAAGGUCUGAAUGAGGGUUUUGAUUUUGAAUGUUUCAGUGUUUUUGAGAAGCCUUGCUUACAUUUUAUGGUGUAGUCAUUGGAAAUGGAAAAAUGGCAUUAUAUAUAUAUUAUAUAUAUAAAUAUAUAUUAUACAUACUCUCCUUCCUUUAUUUCAGUUACCAUCCCCAUAGAAUUUGACAAGAAUUGCUAUGACUGAAAGGUUUUUGAGUCCUAAUUAAAACUUUAUUUAUGACAGUAUUCACGAUUAGCCUGAAAUGCAUUCUGUAGGUAAUCUCUCCCGUGUUUCUGGAAUGCUCUCUUAGACUUGCUGGGUGUGCAGCAGCUUAUGUGUCUGAAAUGACUUGAAGGCACCAUCUUUUAAGAAGGCUUACAGUUGGGCCCUGUGCCAUCCCAAGUCCUCUGUAAUUCCUCGUGGACAUUUUUGCCAUAAUUGUAAAAGGGUAGUUGAAUUCAGUAACAUCACCAUUCUUUGCUGUGGCACAGGUUAUAAACGUAAGUGGAGUUUACCGGCAGCAUCAAAUGUUUCAGCUUUAAAAAUAAAAGUAGGUUACAAGUUACAUGUUUAGUUCUAGAAAAUUUGUGCAAUAUGUUCAUAACGAUGGCUGUGGUUGCCACAAAGUGCCUCGUUUACCUUUAAAUACUGUUAAUGUGUCAUGCAUGCAGAUGGAAGGGGGUGGAACUGUGCACUAAACUGGGGGCUUUUACUGUAGUAUUUGGCAGAGUUGCCUUCUACCUGCCAGUUCAAAAGUUCAAUCUGUUUUCAUAUAGAAUAUAUAUACUAAAAAACUGAGUCUGUAAAACAGCCUUACUCCGAUUCAGCCUCUUCAGAUACUCUUGUGCUGUGCAGCAGUGGCUCUGUGUGUAAAUGCUAUGCACUGAGGAUACACAAGUAUGACGUGUACAGGAUAAUGCCUCAUGCCAAUCAGAUGUCCAUUUGUUACUGUGUUUGUUAACAACCCUUUAUCUUAGUGUUAUAAACUCCACUGAAAGCUGAUUAAAGUCUCAUUCUUGUCAUUGUGUGGCUGUUUUAUUAAAUGAGAGUAUUUAUAAUUCAAAUUACUUAAACCCAUUGAAAUGUUUAGUAAUGGGCAGCCAAAUACGAUUGCAAAGUUCCUGUAGGUUUUUCAGUUUUUUCCCCCUCCUCAGUGUUCUUCAUAGCCAACUAUUAGAAAAGCAUGCCUUUUGUCAUCUCGGGAGUAGACUCCUAUCUGUCUACUCGUGGCUAAGAGAAGCACUUAGAGCCUGAGUUAGUCAUCACGUCACAAAUUAUUCCAGGCACAGUAAGGAAUAUAUUAAUCUUGAAAAAGUUAAAGUUUUUUUUUUUUUUU